GUUUUGAGUAUUUUGUUGGAGUUGUUGUUAAAAGUUUAAAACUUUUGGAUUUCAAGGACGGAUUUCAAUCUGCUUCGAUGAGAUAUUUCUGGGUUCUCCUGUUGUCAUAUGAGGCCCCGCAAGUUUGAAUCUCUCACAGAACUCUGCAACAAAACUCUGUACUGGACAACUUUUGUUCCUCCGCUUCAAAAGGGCUUAGUUCCUCAGUCUCCAAUCAGUUCCAACACUAGCUCCAAUCCUAACUCCUCCAUGAAGUCAAAGCGCGUCGAUCGAGACGUCUCCGCAGCGACCGGCGAAGAUUCUUUUGCCGAUGAUCCUUCAAACAAGCGUCCUAAUUAUUCCUCCGGCGAUAAAAUAGCCGUCGAUGAACAGGAAGAAACGGUGAUCGAAGGUGAGUCAACGGGGUUAAGGCUUUUAGGUCUCUUGCUCCAAUGUGCCGAGUGUGUCGCAAUGGAUAACCUCGAGGACGCCACGGACCUUUUACCUGAAAUCUCUGAGCUUUCUUCUCCGUUCGGGUCAUCUCCCGAGCGCGUCGGCGCGUACUUCGCACACGCUCUCCAGGCACGUGUGGUGAGUUCUUGCUUAAGAACUUAUUCUCCCCUCGAUACCAAGUCGCUUACCUUGACUCAAUCCCAAAAGAUCUUCAAUGCUCUGCAAUCUUACAAUUCGAUAAGUCCUUUGGUCAAAUUCUCUCACUUUACCGCCAAUCAAGCCAUCUUCCAAGCCUUGGAUGGUGAGGAUCGUAUCCACGUCAUCGAUCUGGACAUCAUGCAAGGUCUACAAUGGCCAGGAUUGUUCCACAUCCUCGCUUCUCGGUCCAAAAAGAUCCGAUCAAUGAGAAUCACCGGGUUCGGACCCUCCUCGGAGCUUCUCGAAUUGACCGGUAAAAGACUCGCCGAAUUCGCGACUUCAUUGGGGUUGCCAUUCGAGUUUCAUCCGUUGGAGGGCAAAAUCGGAAAUGUAACAGAUUUGAGUAAACUCGAAGUGCGGUCGAGUGAAGCGGUGGUGAUUCAUUGGAUGCAUCAUUGCUUAUACGAUAUUACGGGGAGUGAUUUAGGGACCUUGAGAUUGUUGACCAUGUUGAAACCGAAAUUAAUCACGAUCGUCGAACAGGACCUGAGUCACGGGGGUAGUUUUCUAGGGAGGUUCGUGGAGGCAUUACAUUAUUACAGCGCGUUGUUUGACGCGCUUGGGGACGGCUUAGGUGUGGACAGCCUAGAAAGGCACACGGUAGAGCAGCAGCUAUUUGGGAGCGAGAUCAGGAACAUCGUGGCAGUCGGUGGGCCGAAGAGGACGGGCGAGGUUAAAGUGGAGAGAUGGGGUGAAGAGUUGAAACGAGUCGGGUUCCAACCCGUUUCAUUGGGCGGAAACCCAGCAGCCCAAGCUAGCCUUUUGCUAGGGAUGUUCCCUUGGAAAGGAUAUACCCUGUUGGAGGAGAACGGGUGCCUCAAGUUGGGGUGGAAAGAUCUGUCCUUGUUGACUGCCUCAGCGUGGCAGCCGUCCGAUUAAAAUACUUCCAUUUUUGUGUAUCUAAAAUUUAUAAACUAUUGAUAAUAGAAAUGGUUAUGGAACUCUGAAAAAGUGUACUACUACUAAUUUUAGCCAAGAACAAGAAUGUGAAAUUAUUGGUCAAUGACAAACAAGUUGUGU